AUGAGCACUCCACCGGAUCAGGCCGACGGGUCGCCAGGACCUGACCCACGCUUGCCAAGUCAUGAGCACUAUCAUGGUUUGCAGGCUGGGUCCUAUACAGAUCAACAGCUGCGUCAUGCCUCUGCCAACCAUCUGCAUAUGACCCACCGGCGUUUUUUCGUCGGACCAAUUCCUGAAGGCUGGCUUCAAGGCCAUCGAAAGUCGUGGUACAAGUCUCGACUAAGGCUCAGAAAUUAUACGUCACAAGCUAUUUCGUUUUCUGCCGGCCCAGUUGCGACCCAUUACAGCGAACAGGACCCACAGGCUGAGCCAGCGCUACCUGACCUGGACGAGGAGGUGGCUUUGACACUUACAAGUUCAUCUGCUAGGGCUGCAGCGGAGCAAGAAGAGGAGAUUGAAGUCGAAGAAGCUACAAGUGAACCUGAAAGGGAACUUCGGACCCUCACUCACCCCACGGCCGAAGCUAGUGGUGACGAUCCCCUAUGGGGAGUCGAUGCGGAAAAUGAGCACAGUGAUGAUGGGAAUGCCACUGAAACCGGAAGAAACGGCGAAGAGGAUAGCGGGAAUGAAACGGAAGAUACCGACAGCACGCCCAAAGCAAGACCAAGGGACACUGAUGUUUACGACAACGAUGUUGCUUCGUCUUCAUUUGUCACGGCCAGAGAAGAGAUGUCAAGCUCUGCAAACACAGGGUACACUGCAUAUACUGGGCUUUCUGUCAAUACAGAGGAUUCCUCAUCUACUCUGCAGCCCAACAGAUUAACAAUUGGUCAGCGCUCAACGUCGUAUGGCUCACAAAACACACCCCUGAGGAGCCAAAUUUCUGCUAGCCCCCUUACUCCAAAUUUAUCUACGGGUGCCAGUGAGGCCGACUCAACGACACAGUUGUUGAGAAGUAGAUACAAGGACAAGGGAAAGCAGAAAAGUAAGAGCUCUGGUAUAUCUCGCGCAACGCUCCGACACCAUGACCACGAUCCUCAAGAUGAGGAUGAUGAACUAGGCGAAAAUGGCAUCAGAGACGUGCCACAGCGCAUGUUUACCAAGAGAAUGGCAAAACUCAACCUGGAUGACAACAUCAAGCACAAGCAGCAACGGAUUCGUUCCCGAAUUGCAAAGACACAGGGCACUAUUUCGGCCAAUCGGCCCCGUCGGCGAAAGGUACAAGAUGGAGAGAUUGUCAAGGCGGAAAAGAUGCUGGUCUGCGUGGAGGAAACCAUGCAAGGCAGACUUCCCGCCGAUUACUCCGAGAAUGACAGCCUGCGCAUGGAAACCCGCACUGUGGACAAGUGGCGAGAGUUUCUCGUUGUAUGUCGAAAAAGCUGCGCAGAACAUGCGCCAUUUGCCCUGCAAAUGUAUCGCACUCGUGUCAUUCCUGAUGUGCAACGACCGAAUAGCAAAACGCCACCUUAUUACGAGAUACGACUCAACCACAAGAAUACUCGUGUUAACCUUUACUCUCCUCUUGAUAAAACCAUUGUGAUCUGGAGCCCUUGCAGACGUGGCACCAAAAUCUAUAUUAUCCGACCGAAGUCUGCUGCUCACUCUGCCGAGUGGUAUACUUUUAUUCGCCAAGUGCUUGGCUGGCGACGUCCAACGUCACUCCCUAUCAACGUUCCUGAUUUGGGUGUCUCGCUCAUCUUCAAAAACCCGUUCACUCAGCUUGGAUCUGGUCGAAAAACAGAUACCUGUGAAGAGCAUGCGGCGUUAGAUGAGAAAUUUGUUGCUCAGAGCAUCAUCAGAGAAUGCUUGAACAUGCUCGAAGGUCGUUCUGAAUGGGCUGAGGUAUUGAAGGCUUGGACUAAGACUGAGAAGAUGGGUCUUGCUUGGAAACGAUAUGAUCGAUUGGAGUGGGUGUUUGGUGUCAACGAAGAAAAGAUGUUUGGUACCAUCGCCAUGCAGUCAUCACAUGAGCUUGAGUUACGACCGAGACAUCACUACUCAACUGCAGUCAGACAGAACGGUGUGAGGCAGGAGGAACCUGCACCUAUUGAGGGUUUCCUCGUUCGUCUCACCUCCCAAAAGGGCGUUCACCAAAGAAUGAACAGGAUGUUCUUCAAGCGGCUGUAUUUCUUCACCCAGGAUCAUUUCCUCUUCUUCUGCCGACCAGCCAAGGCAUGGCCACCACCGCCCCCAAAGUUUUCCCCAUCACAAGCUCCGCCGCAAGAUGGAACUGUGCCAUCUGCACGUCAAAUCCUCGAUGAGAUACCGCUCUCGUGGGAUGUGAAUCCAUAUCCUCUUGAAGACGGCCGUAUCGCUUGGCUGUCCAACGGCAAUAAAGAGUUCAUAAAAAGACACGAUGAGGAGGCCUUUGCACACGUGCAAAGGAAUGUCCACAACAUUGGCCAUGCGGAUGGUUAUAUUGAUAUGUGUCAGGUGCAGGAAGUUCGCAAUAUCAAGCGCGGUAGCAGUCCUGCUGACACCAACAUUGAUCAUGGACCUUCGGUUGAUUACGACCAACAGGUGACGGACUCACGACAGGACGAUGGUGCCACACAAGAGUUCAACGACGAUAAAACCUUUGAAAUGGUUCUGGACAAUGGUCUUGUCAUCCGACUCCAGGCAUAUGAUGCCGCUAGUCGGGACGAAUGGGUCAAACGGCUCGAUGCUUUGGUCAAAUACUGGCGUUUGCGUUGCGCAACCGAUGCAGCGGAGUUGCAGUCAGUCCGACGGCGCAAUCUCAAGCUUUUGGAAAUCGAUGAAGCUAUGGAGUCGGUUGUUGGGCAGUUUGCGAAGAAAUGGGAAGUGAAGAAAGCUGAGGCAUCUCCACAUUUGCACAAUAUGUGUCUGCUUUCCGGCUGUCGGACUAUCAAGAUGGCUGGACUACUCUAUCGCAAGCCCCGACGCCGCGCGACUUUCAACCAGUGCCAUGUCAUUCUCACAGCGGGUAAACUGAUAAUCUUCUCAAGCACGCUGCGUCACCGAAAUGGUACCGAAAUACCACACAUCCAUGAAGAGCUCCAAUCAACCAUUGAACUAGCGGAUUGCUAUAUCUAUUCCGGUCUUCUCACCGAAGAUGACUUGUUAUACGGCAAUCAGACAUUCGACAGCAACAAUCCGGGACUUCAUGCUCUCCCUCGGGUUUACCUCGACUCAGAUACCUUCACAAGUCACGACGAAGAUACCGCUAUCACCUUUGUUAUCUGGCAGCCUCUGAAGAAGAGCUAUUUCCGCGCUCAGGAAACGGGAGUACAGGGCAAAGCGAAACGAUCCAUUCGACAUGUCUCCACACUCGGAAAGCAUGGCCGCACGAUUGUGUUCAAAGCGCGUAGUCGUGUCGAGAAGGAUCGCUGGGUUAUGAGCAUUUCUUCGGAAAUUGAUCGUCUCCAGGAGGAGAAGCACGAGGAUAUACGACUUGUCUCUCCUUGA